GUGCAUUGUAGAUAAUAUGAUAACUGCUUUAUUUUUUUUUGGCAGUAGGAUACCAGACUACAGUCUUUCUGAAAUCCAAAGGUUGACGAAUUUAUUUGUCUGCUUUUGUUUGCUAAAAAUUCUUUGGGUAUUUCCCUCUUAUUUUGACGCAUAGUACCAACAUACGUGAGGUUUACACUUUUUAGCUUUUUUGCUAAGGAAAGACUAGAAAACCAGUUAUCACCAGUAAUGUUUCUGUUCGUUCCUCUUACUGGUUCCACUGAACGAAGGACGAUGUCUUCAGCCGCAUUGCUGAUGCUAUAUGGUCCAUCUGGCCAUUUGCCAACAUAU